AUGGCAAAAGGAGAAGUUAUUAUUGGAGAUUCGUCAAGUGAUGAGGAGGAGACUAAACAGAAUGUAGCAAAGCCUCCUCCUACUAAAAAACCUGUCAAGAAGAACCCACCCAAACAAAAAGAGAGAUGCAUUGGGGACAUCAGUAGCGAAGAUGAAGCUCCUUCUAAGAAAGCUGCUCCUAAACAAGCAAGAAGCUCGAAGCCAGCUCCAAAGAAGGAAGUCCUUAAGGAGAAAACAAAGCCUAAGAGAGCUCAUAAGCCUGAACCAGAGAAGAAGGUUGAAGCAGUAAAGAAAAAUAUAGUGAAAGCAGUCAUGAAAUCAGGAUGUAUCGGCGAUUCUUCUUCAGAUGAAGAUAGUCAUCAUAAAGUUAUGACCAAGCCGGCUAUUAGUAAGAAUAAAGAACGAAUUAUUGGUGAAUCGUCAGAUGAAGAGGAAGCUAAGAAACCAGUUAUUAAGAAAAAGUCAACCCCUCCUCCAAAGACUGUGCCUAGAAAGGAAAAACCAGUAGAAAAGAAACCUCAAGCGAAAUCAAAGGUAGACAGCCAGAAGCCAUCAAAAGGGAAAGCAAAGAUCUUAGGAGAUAGUAGUUCUGAAGAAGAGCCUGCAAAGAAGCAGAAGGUUGAUCCAAAGGAAAAGCCUGUAAAGCCAAAAAGUAUUGCUGAAAAGAAACCCAAACCAACUGUAGAGAAAGCUCCUGCUCCAAAGAAACCUCCUCAUAUUUCCUCAGGAGUUAUAGGGGAUUCUAGUUCAGAUGAAGAGCAAAUUCAGAAAAAGCCUUCUCCUCCUCCAAAGAAAACAGAGUUCAUUGGCGAUGUUAGUCCCAAGAAAGAGUCAAAACCGGCAAAGAAAGCCUCUGAAGUUAAUAAAGGUUCCAGAGGAAAUACUAAGGUGUUAGGAGAUUCCAGCUCAGAUGAAGAAUCUAAAAAGCCUCUAAAGAAGAAUCCCCCUCCUGUAAAGAAGAAUGCUCCUCUACCUAAGAAAAAGUUUAAAGAAGACUCAAAACCUGCUCAAAAGACGGCUCCCAAGGCUCCAGUAGCGAAAAAGAACCCUCCAACUAAAUCAGGGUGCAUAGGAGAUUCUAGCUCAGAUGAAGAUGUCAAACCUGCAAAAAAAGUCACUGAAAAAAUCAAGGCAAAAGUUGCUGUUCUGGGAGAUAGCAGCAGUGAUGAGGAACCUUCUCCCAUAAUCACUACAACUCCUGCAGAGGGCCAACCACAGAAAGAAGAGAUCAUCACUGGAGAUGCUGUCAAUAAGAAUAAAGUUGCUGGCGACAAUCUAAGUGCAAAUCUUCAAAAUAAAGAAUCUAAUCCUCAGCCUCGAAAAACCGUCUCAACUGGAGUAGAAGCAACUAAAAUGAUGUUUGAAAAGCAACUUGCUCUUAUGAUGAAGCAGCAAAGCCACUUACAGAACAAAAAUAUAUCGAAAGAUGAUGAAGCUAAAGAUGGCAAAGAUGAUAGAACUCAGAAGAAGCACCAUUUAAAAAUUAUGGAAGAUUCUUCAGGUGAUGAAGAUGACUUUGAAACCCUGAACACCCUUGCUAAGGCUAAGUCUAAGGACUCUAAGUUAUUGUCUCUUGACUUUGAUCAUCUAGAGAUUGAUAAGCCGGUGAUGGCUCGAAGGUACACCAAAAGAAAGAAUCUAGAGGAGUUCUAAAGAGCCAAUACCUAGAUUAUUUAUCCU